GGCCUUCGAUCAUCCUUUUCUCCAGUGUGGUCCUCUAUUGUGAUCCGCGGUGAGAGGCUACUGAUAGUCUGUCUCUGUCGCCCUUGAUUGGCAGACUGGUCUUCUGACAGGGCCAGCGGAGCCCCUAAGGCACUCGGCCAUCAUGAAUCCCGAUGACUCCACUAGUGGGUUCAGGCAUGCCAAGGUGUUAACGUUUAUCAACCAGCAAAUGGCCAAGCACUCAAAAGGCCCCGAGUUCUACCUUGAGAACCUGUCCCUGUCCUGGGAGGAGGUGGAGGACAAGCUCAAAGCCAUCCUGGACAGUAGCCAGGUGCCUCGGGAAGCUCAGGAAGCCUGUGCCUGGGGCAGCCUGGCCUUGGGUGUUCGCUUCGCUUUCAGACAAGGCCAGUUGCAGGGGCACAGGGUGCAAUGGCUCCAUGACUUAGCCGGCCUGCACAGGUCGGCGGCACAUGCCUUGGCAUCAGACCUGAAGAAGCUCACGGACCAGCAAGAGAUGGAACGCAAGGAAGCGGCCUAUCACCUUCAGUUGGCCCACACCAAACUAGCAGAGGUUCAGAGGGAGAGAGACCUGAUGAGACUGAAGCUACUACACGCAGAGCUGAGGGCUGUUCCAGUUGCACAGAUGCCAAUCACGACUAGUGCCCCUGCUGCUGCUGUUCCUCCUCCUGCUGCUGCUGCUGCCGCCGCUGCUGCCGCCGCCGCCGCCGCCGUCGCCAUGGCUGCAGCUGCCACGGCUGCAGCCGGAGGGGCACAGACAGGGCCAGAGAUACAAAAUGCAGGAGAGAAAGAAGCGGUGACAGCUAGUCAUACAGCAGAGUGUAAACCAGAAAAUGAGAUGGAAGGGGCUAUAGGCAUGGCGGCCCCUAGGGCAUCCACAGUGGCGCUGGAAGGAAGCACCCUGGAGGAUCUUGGAGCUGUGGAGAGGAAAACUUAUCCCCUGGGUUUGGAGAGGCAGGAGGAAUUGGAAGGCAAAUCUGACUCCAUGCAAUGGGGUCUCAGGUCCGCAGCCUCCCUGAAACCUGUAACAGUCCAACUCCCUAUCUCAUUUACAUAUUCAUACGAAAGCCCCUUCCCAGUCACACCCACUCCAUCCCCACCACCAAGCACAGUCACAGAACCUCAGAUGCCUUCCUACUUCAUGGCCACUGAUAUGAAUAUGUCCGAAACUGAGGGCCCAACAGUGUACCUCCAAGAUCCCCCUAAAGAUAGUUAUGAUAGUGAACCCCAGCAGCAGAGAAAAACAUCAUUUUGCACACCUGGGAAUUGGGAUUGUCCUUGGUGUAAAUCUGUGAAUAUUUCAAGGAAGGAUGCUUGCCUCUGCUGUGGGAGGCAAGGCUGGCUGCCAAACCCUCAGUGAGUUUUUAAAAAUGUGAUACAGAACAGAAAUCUCCCAAAGAGGAAGUCAAUUUUCAGAGAUGGGAAAAGGCAAGUGGGAGGCGGGGUUCAUGGGAAUGGGAGGGGAGGAAUGGGAUGGGGCAAGUUUGAUGAUUUCUUUUGUAUUCCAGAUUGUUUGCAUUCGAUACCCUUGAACUGCUUCAGAGAGAGAGAGGGAGAGAGAAAGAGUGUAUGUGUAUAUCCCCCUUCUGGCACAGCUAAAUAUAAAAUACCCCACCCUUUCCACAUACCUAGGCUUUAAAAGACAGAGCUAUAGUAGUUAUUCAACCCAUCCUGAACCAAAACUUUUCAGGCUGUCCAGUGGGUAGUGGGUAGAAUCAGUGGAUCACUGGAAGUUGGGUCGUUGGGUCCAGGGUCAUAGCCGUACUGGAGGUACAGCCCAUUCCUGGUCCUGGUUAAGACAGGGAACAGAAUCGGCUUUCCAGACAUUUUUAGACUGAUACUAGGAGACUCCAAAGAGCUGACAAAUAUAAAGAGACACAAAGGAGUGGAGAACUCAGCUACUUCUUAUUUCUUUGCAGUUGUGUUAUAUAAUGUUCCAUUUUUACUUAGGUGACUUCUCCAUAAUUUAACAAGUAAAUUCUCGUUCUGAGCAACUAGAUGAUUUUCCCAUCAGCUAACUUUUAUAUCUUGAUUUGUCAAAAAAAAAAGGGGGGGGCUCGUAUGGCCCAGAUUGGCUUCAAACUCAUUAUGUAGCUUAGCUGACUCCAGAUCCUCCUGCCUCCACUCCCUAAGUGUUGGAAUUGACAGGGGAGUUAAACAAGUGGCUAGCAAACAGUGGUGACUCUUAUACCAAGGCCCCAGGAAUAAACUGGAUAGGAUGUUUAUGUUCUGCAGAAAUUCUGUUGCCAGAAAUAGCUCAAACCUGGGGUGGUUGUUCCCAGGAGUGAACUGGAUAGGAGACUCAAAAUUCUGAGAGAAUAAUAUCACAAGAAAUUAAAUCAUCAAAUGAGACCUGGGAUGAAUUAACCUCAGGUUUAUGCUUGACUCAAAUUAACAUGACAGAGAUUUGCCUCCCAUAUGAGAGUUCUGAGAGACUACAGAGGAUGUCAGCACCAGGUUCAAGCAAGGAUUUCUGCGAUUGUACAGCCUCUUAACAGCAACCUUCCCUAGCCCCAGUGGGCAGAACCAGAGACAGAUCUUAACAGGAAACGUAUGCCAACUGCUCCAAGUCCUCAGGUAGAAGGAAGGAGAACUGUAUCUGGACCAGACGACAGAGACACAGCUGAAGAGUCCUGACUAUCUCCCAGAGACUAUAAACCUGGAGAAUAUGAAGCUGUUGUGGCCCAUGGGACACCUGUAGCAUCAGAAAUGUGACUUUGGGUUGUCUGUUAUUGGUGAGAAUACAGUUUCCUCCAGGAUUGCAGGCCAUAUCCCUAGCCUGCAAUUUUUUGAACACCCUUUGGGCUGCUCUCUGUUCUCUGUUGCAGGGUUUCCUAACCUCACUGCACUUGACAUCUAGAUUUGGCUAGUUCUUUGCUGUGAGCUGGGAGGUCCUAUGUACUGUAGGAGUUCUGCAGAUUCCUAACCCCUACCCACAGUAUAUCUGUCUGUCUGUAUGACCCACUCCCUACCCCUUCAGUUGUGACAAGCAAAACUGUCGCUGCAUACUGCCACAUGUCCACUAGAGGGCAAAAACAACCAGAGUUGGGAACAACUGAGUUGGCAGUUGAAGGACUUGGCAGUGCAAAGACUCAACAGGCAAGGUCACAGAGGCUGAAGCUGACUAAAAAAAGGUUCAUCGGGCCUGGUGUUUACUUUGGAUCUUCGCGAAAACCCAGGGUGGUGGCAGAGUAGAAACAAAAUUGCCAGGACUGAGGAGUGAGGGGAACCUCUACCCUCUCCAACAGUGGUUUCAACCUUUAAUGUUUCAACAGUGUAAUACAGUGCCUCAUGUAUAUAAAAUUAUUUUCAUUGGUACUUCAUAACUACAGUUUUUCUACUAUGAUGAAUUAUAAUGUAAAUACCUGUGUCUUGCAAAGGUCUUAGGUGAUCCCUGUGAAAGGGUUGGUUGUUUGACCUCCAUAGGGAUUACCACCCAUGGGUGGAGAACCACUGCUUUACAAGGACUCUAGGCUGUGAAGGGAAGGAAUAAAGUGAGAGCCAUGUUUAAGAGAGGAUUAUUUUGUCAGCUAGCCAACAUGCUUGGCAAAAUAUAUUAGAUAAAAUUUCUAACAAGCAUUUAAACUCUGAUAAAGGCUAAGAGUUAAGGUUAGGUACUUUUGGAGCAAUUUCCUCAAAGAUAAAACAUUCCAACCUGCAGGAGAGCUCCUGAAGACUCAGUAGAAACUUGAGCCAUUAAAGGAGAUAUACAGAGAAAGCUUUAAAUGAAAGAAAAAGAGGAAAGAUGGUCUUGUGUAAUGUAUGAGAGGAAUAGCCAAUGGUAUUACAAGGAAAACAACACUAUGAAAGGGACCACUGUUGUUCUGUGUAGGAUAAAAACACUUAACAUUCUUAGGUAUGUAUAUGUAUGCUAUAUGCAAAUAUGUUAUAAAUUUAUGCCUACAAACUAUAUUUCAGUAAGCAUUGAAAAGAUAUGGAAAAGACACUUAGUAAACAGGCAGGGAACAGAAGGCAGCAAUGGUAUGGCGGUAUAGAAUAGAGCAAAAUUUGAAUAAAAGGUUUUUCUUUAGUUUUUCUUUAUGUACUUCUGUGUUUUGAAAGUAAUAAGGUGAUCACAAAAAUAAAAGUUAUUUACCCACUUC